UACAGGGCAUCCAGGCGACUGCUUUGAUCCUACUCUUUCCUGGGGAUCCCCUGAUUUGGGGUCAGAUGCGCUGAGGGACCUGGGACUCCGGGAGUCCUGCGUGGGAGCUCCUCUUCUGCUCCGCGGUCUCCGCCACCCCAGCCUCCCGCCCGCUCCUCCUGGGGCCGCGCGCUUCGGGCGAGCCUCCCUCCUCUCCGCUAAACCGCGCUGGCGGCGGCGGUGCGGGGCCACCGCCCGUCUCCUGCGAUUCUGACUUCGCUCUCGGCUCUUUCCCCAGACGCCUUCUCUUGGCAAGCCCAAAGCGCUCCGGACCUUUCAGACAACCAAUUUUCUAGAAAUGUGAAGGGAGGUGGGAUCAGAGCACAAAGUUAUCAUCGUGGGACUGGACAAUGCAGGAAAGACCACCAUUCUCUACCAGCUGUAAGUGACUCUCAGUGGGGACAGGAGAGGGCUGGGCCUCCCAUCAGACUGACAGGCGUUUGGGCCAAUCAUGGGAGCUCCUCCCUGGCUUCCCAAGCUCCCCUGUAGCCGGGAGGAGUGAGGGGGGACGCUGGUGUGACCUUCCAGGAGUAGUGGGCCCUCGGCCUGGCAUUUGAAUCCCGCACGCCUGACGAAGGAGGUGGUCCAUACAUGUCCCACCCUGGGUAGCAACGUGGAGGAGGUCGUUCUUCAGAAGACCCACUUCCUCAUGUGGGACAUAGGCGGGCAGGAGGCUCUGCGCUCCACCUGGAACAUGUAUUACUCCAACACCGAGUCUCUUUCCUUUGGGGCUGGCAUCCUGCCAGUGCAGAGGCCCAUGGGGGAGCACAGUGGGCAGGAAACACGUUCACCAAAGAGAAAGCCACCACUCACGGCUCCUCUCUGCUGCCAGUUCAUCAUCCUUGUGAUUGACAGCACGGACCGGGACCGGCUGCUGACCACUCGAGAGGAGCUGUACAAGAUGCUGGCCCAUGAGGCUCUGCGAGAUGCUUCAGUGCUGAUCUUUGCCAACAAGCAGGACGUGAAGGACUCCAUGAGCACCAUGGAGAUCUCCCAAUUCCUUACUCUCAGUGCCAUCAAAGACCACCCGUGGCAUAUACAAGGCUGCUGUGCCCUCACCGGGGAAGGGCUGCCUGCCGGGCUCCAGUGGAUGCAAUCUCGGGCCACUGCUAACUGAUGUCCCAGCCUGAGGCCAACCAGAAACUUUGAGGGUUUUGCAUGGUCAACGUGGGUGGGAAACAUAAGUAGCUAUUUAUUACUUUUCUAUGAUUCCCUGGUGGGGGCAGGGACAGCUAUGGACAGCGAUAUAGCCGCUGCCUGCCCAACCCCUCCAUGAGGAGCAAGACUGCAUACCUUGAAUUGUUGCAGACAGGACAGCAGAAAAAGCUGUCCCCAACUCCAUGGCUGCUGCAGGUGUCCUUCUUGAAGACAGCAGGGAAGCUGUUGGAUGUAUUGGAGCCCUCUUCCUCUGCUCAGGGCCCAGCCUCUCUGUAGGAAAAAUGUGCGGGCGCAGUAAGAGACCCUGGAACUGCUCUUUAUCUCCUCACCGCCCCACCCCAGCUUUCUAGCCCCUCAGCCAUUUUUUGUCCCAUACCUUUUGAGCAAAGGCAAUUCCAGAAGAGCGAAGGGGGUAGGCUCAGGGGGAAGAAGGCAGAGUGAAACCCUGGAAGAGGAGAGGGAGGAGGAGGACACGCUGUCCCAGACAGGGACUGCUAUUGCGCUGCAGGGAUUCCACGCCUUCCCAGCCUUCCCAUGCCCUCUGAGAUGCCGACUCUGACCACAGCUUUUGGACUUUAACCCACUCCAUGGUACCCGUUCAGUGUCCCGACAAUGUGAAUCCCCUUUCUCUCGAAUAUCCCAGAAUCUUAUAGGGUCUGAGUAUUUUGUUUGUUUUUGUGUAAUGAUUUUUUAAAAAUAUUGUAUUAGAAUUUUUAUAAAGGUGUAAUAAAUGC